UGCAUUUACCAUUCCAUUGAAAAACACCAGGACCGAAAAGCAUUUAAUAAAUUCUUCAAAUCAUAAGGAAGAAUGGAAUAAAUUGGUCAAUUGAGCUGAGUGCCUUUCUCUCCUGUCAGUUUAUGCAUUCCAAGAGGACAAAAAGGAAUUUGAAAAGAAUGGCGGCAGUAGGUUGAAGGGUGUUCCAUUCUUCAGAACGGUAAUUACAGUUACAUUUCCAAUCCCUCCAUUUCCUGUUAUUUUCUGUGUUUUUGAAGAGGCAGAGGCAAGAUCCCACAGCAAAAGAGGAACGCUAACAUGUACUCAGAAGCAAGCAGUUAAAAAAAUGUAAAAGUUAUUGUGAAAAAAGACAAAACAAUAGUAUGCGAAAGUGACGACAUUCUUGCUCAUGUUGAUGGAGAGAAGAGACAAAAAGAGUUGAUUGGGUAGAGGGGAGAGGUUGAAAACAGACAAGUGGUAUUGGUUGGAAGAGAGAGGGGCUGGGAAGGGAAAGGGAGAGAUCAGAUUAGAUUAGAUAAAAAAAGAAAAAGGAGGGGAGGGGAGGGAAGAGAUGAGGAGAAGGGAGAAGUGUGUGCACAUGAGCGCAUGUGUGUUUGUGUGUGUGUGUGUGUGUGUGUGCUCAGAAGGGGAGGGGGCUUACUUGGAGACAGCAGGACUGGCUAAAUAGGAAUCAUCCCUCUUAGCCAAUGAGUUUAAAGAGAGAAGCACAUGUCAUUCUGCUGAGAAGUACCACCUCCAGGAGCCGGAGCGUCUCUCAGUAAAAAGAGUGCGAUGAGAGCUGGGCUGUCACAUCGGCAGCUGCUGUCCUUUCCCUCGCCUCACGCUGCGCUCACCAUAUCUGCUCCUCUCCCUCUCUCUCGCUCUCUCUCCCUCCUCUGCUCCUGCUCGCUGUAUCUCCCUGCUGUACAUACGCGCGCACUCGCACAGAGCGAGCAGCGGUCCAAGGCAACCACAUCACAUCAGCUUUGUUGGCUCUGGGACCGUUCCCAGCACAAAUUUCACACGGAGGAUACCUGAUCCAGCCUUCACCGCCAGGGUUAUCAGGUCCGUUUCCCGGUGAUGGUGUGACAGGCACAUCCUUCACACCCCAAACUUCCCGAGGGGGAGUCACAGAGGAUUAGCUGCUGGAUGAUGCGUCAGGAGAAAGACAAGGUUCUGUUUAUCUGCCGUCCACGUGUCAGCCUGAGCAUCCGAGGAGGCCAAAACUGUCAGCACCAUCAGCGGCACCACCAGCCUGGCGACUGCUCCAAUGCCUGUCAGUGCUAAGUGAUGACUCUCAGCCUAUCCCUUCAGGAAUAAGAAAAGGACAAGAGAGUCAAGUGGCUGGACUAUGAUUCUAAAAGAUGACACUGGUGUCGUUGGUUGGACAUGGCGUUUUGGGAACUACCUACUGCUCUUUGUGUCUCUCACUGCAGUUCAAGUGCAUUCAGACCUUGAGUUUACAAAGGAUAAACACUAUUCAUGGAAAACAGGCCAGUGGGGAAGAUGUAUGGGCGAGGAGUGUGGCUCUGGCGGAGUUCAGAUGAGGACGGUGUGGUGCAUCCACAGCGAGGGCUGGACCACGCACCACUCCAACUGUCGGCACGCGGACAAGCCCGAGAGCCAACGCCACUGCUUCAAAGUCUGCGAGUGGCACCAGGACCUUUUUGAGUGGGAGGUGUCCGAAUGGGGGCCGUGCGUCCUCGUGCCCUUUCUCUCCAACGAGCUGCGUCUGCGCGCGUCCUCCUGCAUCACGGCGCAGCACGGCAUCCAGCGGCGCCGCGUCCAGUGCGUGCGCACCUCCAACCGCACGGUGGUGACCGACCGCAUCUGCGAGUUCUUCUCCCACCGGUCUGCGCUGGAGCAGGCCUGCCUCAUCCCCUGCCCCCACGACUGCGUGGUGUCCGACUUCUCCGCCUGGUCCGGCUGCAGCAAGACCUGCGGCGUGGGCCUGCAGCACCAGACUCGAGUGGUCCUGGCCACGCCCAUGUACGGCGGGGCCAACUGCCCCAACCUCACCCAAACCAGGACCUGCUCCAACCCUGUCCCCUGCCCCGUGGGAGAGAACGAGUACGAGUACAGCCUUAAGGUGGGGCCAUGGAGCGAGUGCCGGCUGCCCCAGCACAAGGGCCUCUGGCUCAGCGGCCGCACCAUGCUUGACUUCAGCGUCACCUCCGGCUCGGAGAAGGAGAAGAACGCGGUCAAGCGGCACAUCCAGACCGCCCUGCACAAUCACCACCAGCACCACCUCCACCACCACAACCCCAAAGCCUGGGACCUCGAGAUCGGCUACCAGACACGGCAGGUCCGCUGCACCCGGAGCGACGGCAGAAACGCCAUGCUAAGCCUUUGUACACAAGACAACAGCCCUGGGACAUUCCAGUCAUGCAUAAUGCCCAAAGAUUGUGAGACGUCUGACUGGUCGCCUUGGAGUCCUUGCUCAAAAACUUGCCGGGCAGCAGACCUUUCCCCCGGCUACCGCUUUAGGACUCGUAGCAGGAUCCAAGCCCCCAUUGGCGGGGGCAAAGAGUGCCCUGCCCUCGAGGAAAAAGAGGCCUGCAACAUCAUUGGAGAUUUACUUCCUCAUUGUCCCAGGUAUGUUUGGAAAAGCACAGACUGGGGAGACUGCCGAGUCGCCCCCCUCCUGAGCCAGCAGGACCGACGCCUUAACAACAUCAGCGCCCUCUGUGGAGGAGGCGUCCAGACCAGGGAGACCUACUGCAUCCAGGUCCCAGAUGACUCCAUCCCACCACACAGGAAGGAGGUGUCGCGACCAGUGAACAGGAAGCUGUGUGCCGGAGACAUGCCUGCAGCUGUGCAGCCCUGUUCCAUCCCUUGCCCCGAGCAGUGCUCCCCCACUCCCUGGUCAUCCUGGGGUGCCUGCGUACAUGACAACUGCAUGGAGCCACAGGGAAGGAAAGGCUUCCGGCAGCGCUGGAGGCAGGUGCUCGUGGAAGCAGCCGGCGUAUCAGACAGCUGCCCACACCUCCUGGAGUCUAUGCCCUGCGAGGACCCUGUGUGCUUCCAGUGGCACGUGGCCUCUGAGGGCGCCUGCGCCACCACCCAGGGAGCCUGUGGCCCGGGCACUGCCAACCAGACCAUCGUCUGCGUCAGCACCAAGGGCAGGCGCGUACCUGGCGAGCUCUGCGUGGUGGCAGAGGAGGAGGACGAGCCCCCCCCCACCGAGGUGGCCUGCGAGGUGGCCUGUGCCGGCGACUGCGUGGUUGACUCCUGGUCGCGGUGGUCCCCGUGCUCCCACUCCUGCUCGUCCAAAACCACCGAGGGCAAGCAGAGUCGCACGCGCACCAUCCUGGCGCUGCCGGGGGAAGGAGGGAAAGCGUGUCCAGCCGCCACCGCUUUGGAGGAGUGGAGGUCUUGCAAUGACCAUCCAUGCAUCGUGUUCUACUGGGAGGCCUCGCCCUGGGAACCCUGUGUUGAGGACCCGUCAGCCAGCGCCAACGGCACCAGCCAGUGGAACAGCACGGCCUUGUGCGCCGCCGCCGCCGCCGCAGGGACCCAGACCCGCACAGCCACCUGCAUGAAAAUGAACAUCGGACCAGUGAUUCCUAAGAGGUGUCCAGACUCUGCCCGUCCCGACACCGACCGGCCCUGUCUGCUCCCCUGUAAGACAGACUGCAGGGUGACUCCCUUCAGCGAAUGGACAGCCUGUCCUUCAACCUGUCUACCAGUCAAUGCAACCAUGCCCACGCAGUCACGAUACAGGACCAUAAUCCAGAGAUCGGCCAAUGGUGGACAAGAGUGUCCUGACACCCUGUAUGAAGAGAGGGACUGUGAGGCUCUUCCUGUUUGUCCAUCCUUCAGAUGGAGGACUCAUAAGUGGCACCCUUGUACUCUGGUACCAGAUGCUGUCAGACAGGGGAUAACGGGGCCAGGAGAAGCGUGCGGAAAAGGACUGGAAGUGCGAGGCGUGAGCUGCGUGGGCGAGGACGAGGAGCCGGUGGCCAUUGGCGGCUGUCUGCGCUGGGCUGGCGCCAUGCCCCAGCGCUUCAGGCCCUGCUGGGUGCCCUGCAAGGACGACUGUGCCUUCAGCUCCUGGUCCAAGUUCUCCGAGUGCACGGGCUGCGGUGGCCCGCGCAGCCGAAAGCGCACCCUCACCGGCCGGAGCAGGAAGAGGCCGCGCUGCCAACGCGAGGACCUCUUCCCCCUGGUGGAGACCGAGGAAUGUCCCUGUGACGCCUACGUGUCGCAGCCCUACGGGAAUUGGUCGUCCUGCAUCCUGCACGAUGUGCCGGUGGCUGGCUCUCGCCACGGCUGGCAGGCCCGACGCGACGCCAAGGAGUGCGGGCAGGGCCUCCGGUUCCGAGCCGUGGCCUGCAUGGACCAGGGGGGCCAUCUGGUCCGCCCGGAUCUGUGCAGCGAGUCAGGCUUCGUGGAAGAGGACUGCCACAUCCCCUGCCCGCUGGACUGCAAGCUCAGCGACUGGUCGCCCUGGUCGCCCUGCAGCACCUCCUGCGGCAGCGGGCUGAAGGUCAGGUCGAAGUGGCUGCGCGAGAAGCCCUUCAACGGCGGGCGGCCCUGCCCCAAGCUGGACCUGAAGAAUCAGGUGUAUGAGGCUGUACCGUGUCACAACGAGUGCAGUGAGCAUGUGUGGGUCACCGAGGCCUGGUCUGUCUGCACCAUCAACGCCGUGGACGAGCUCCCGGCCUGCGGUGAGGGGGUACAGAGCCGCAAAAUCAGAUGUGUGAGUCGUGGGAGCGAAGGCCAUGCAGCCAGUGUGAACGACACCCUGUGUGAUCCGGAGGAGAUGCCGUUCCGAGGCCAGACCUGCUUCCUGCCCUGCUCCAGCGAAUGCGUGAUGUCACACUGGGGUCCAUGGAGCGAGUGCCCCACGCCCUGUAACCAGGACACAGUGAGGAAGAGGACGAGGCACAUGCUUCGUCCCCCCGUGUCCGACCAGACAUGCCCGGAGGAUGUGCAGACCGAGCCAUGUGUCCUCAACGCCACGUGUUUCACCUACCAAUACAACGUCUCAAACUGGAGCACAUGUCAGCUAAGUGAGAAUGCUGUCUGCGGCAAAGGCACCAGAGCCCGGUUCCUGGACUGCUCCCGCAGCGACGGGAAGAUGGUGGAGCUGAGCAUGUGCGAGGAGGCAAGUGCCCGCUUCAGUCCCGUUCAAGGCCUGGAGAAUCUGUUGGAGCUGAUUGUAAGCUGUGUUGUUGAAUGCCCCAUCAACUGCAUUCUGUCUGAGUGGUCAGCCUGGACGGAGUGCUCGCACACGUGUGGAAACCAAGGUCAGAUGGUGCGAGCGCGGAAUGUGCUCCAACCCGCCCAUGAGGAGGGUCGGCCGUGUCCCUUCCAACUCUCCCAGACCAAGCCCUGUCCCAUCAGGCCCUGCUACACCUGGCACCUCGGAGAGUGGUCUCUCUGCCGUGUGGAGGGUGCCGAGUGUGGCGAGGGGGUCAGAGAACGGAACCUCUCCUGCAUGGUGCACUGGGGAGACUGGCUUGACGCCUCCUCACCUAAGCCGGUGGAUGACGAGUGGUGCGGCGACCGGCUGAGCAAGGAGAGCGAGCAGGAGCUGCAGUUGCCUUGUUUCGUGCCCUGCCCAGGUGACUGCCACCUGACGGAGUGGUCCUCGUGGAGCUCAUGCCAGCUGACCUGCCUGGAGGGCCGGAGCUUCGAGACCGUGGGCCGGCAGGCGCGCUCCAGGGCUGUUGUCGUGCAGGUCGUGGAGAACCAGGAGAGCUGCCCACACCAGGUGUUUGAGACGCGGUCCUGCAAAGGGGGAAAAUGCCACAGCUACGAGUGGCGGACCAGCGGAUGGCGAGACAAUGAGCGGUCGGUGUGGUGCCAGCGCUCCGACGGCGUCAACGUCACAGGGGGGUGCUUCCCGCAGAAUCGGCCCACGACUGUGCGACACUGCCAACCCCUCUGCACCAAACCCUUUUCCCACUGCACACAGAGCGGCGUGUGCGGCUGCGAGAAGGGUUACACGGAGGUGAUGACGACGCACGGCUUCCUGGACUACUGCACCAAGACCCCGGGGGCCGCCAACAAGAAGGCCGACGUCAAGACCAACUCGGGCCGACUGAAGCCAGGGCCCUCGCAGAUCCAAGAUUUCUUUGGCGAGUGGUCCCUGCGGCCGGUGGGACCAGAUGGAAGAAUAAAACUCUGGGUGUACGGAGUGACUGCUGGUGGAUUUCUCCUCAUUCUGCUGAUUAUAUCAGUCUCAUUUCUCUUUUGCAACCCCCCCAAACAGACUAAAAGCUCCUCCCCGCCACAGAAGCCUCUCACACUUGCCUACGAUGGAGAUGUGGACAUGUGACCAACGUGCCAUACUGAGCUCAGCCACCCCACCAGAACAUACAGUUUGAAACAUCACCACUUCAUGGAGCCCUGCUGAGUCAGUCAGAACUGGGGGAGGGGG